GAUGAGUGGCCAAGAGAGCGCUGCAGGUCUUGAAGUGUUGCCCUCUCCUACAUCCACUGCGGGCCCAGAUCCCCUCACAGGAGCAGUGACUACUCCAGCCAGAGACCCAGCCCAGAGAACUACCUUCAGACCACCUCAUCGAAGACUCUCAGCCUCCUCCUCUAAAGUCCAUGCAGCCUUCAAGUCUCCUCUCAGAACAUCACCCACCUCAUCCACAGACACUACCUCUGUCAGUACACCAACAGGCAACAGCUCUAGUAGUAAAAUCCCAACAGCACAGCAGUCAAUCAAGGCCACACCACCCAGCUCAGGUGUCACUGGCUCGGCGAGACAUAAGCCAUAUUCCCUCACGCCCGUUCGGUCACGCAGCACUCAAUCCAACACAGUCAGAGUGACGGCAGAGACUGAGGAGAGCCUCAGAGCUGAUAUAGCAAGACUCAAGGAGCAGAUACGAGCUAACGAGGCUGAGAUUGAGGAACUGUCUCAGGAGUACAGUGAGGACGAGCUCCAGCAGUACAUUGAGCACCUCCAUGAGUACAAUGAGAUCAAAGAUGCCGGGCAGCUCCUGCUGGGCAAACUGGCUGAAGUCCAAGGCACGACUGUUUCUGAGCUCUAUCGGCAGUUUGGUCUCAGUCUUGAUGACUAAUAUCUGAUCGCAUUGAUUCGUGCACUGACCCAUCAUAUCACAUUCUGUCAUAGGUUCUUGAAGAGCAACGAUUAAUUUACUAGAAUUGGUGUAGCUCACAAAAUAUAUCUCAACCUAUGGAUGACACAUGUCGUGAUUCAUUAUUCCUCGUGCAUAGUUGGUUCUUGAAGAUAACCGUACCGGGAUUUUGGCUAGUCACAAAAUUCCUUAUGGUCAUUGCCAAAAAUAUCUAUGCUGUGUGUGUGUUUGUUUCCUUGAGUUAUCUAUAUUUGUCUAGUUGCACAAACUCAGUAUUGGCACAGACAUUUCCCUUAUGACAACCCAAUGCCGUUGUUUAUUGUAAGUUGUGUUAACAAAGGCUUUCCUUCUUUGGACUUUGCUGAAGUUGAAAGUUAUAGUAAUGCGCAAUACACUCAGCUAUUUGCAAUACAGGCUUUCCUGUAUAUUCAGUGGUAAGUGUCAGUUGCUGCAAAUUCUUUGUGAGAGGCAAUCCUAACUAGCUGGAUGUAAACAGAAUACAGACAAUCACCCCUGCCACUGCAGUAUCUAGGAAACUAACAGUUUGUCAUUACUGGAAGGUGUGUAGCUAGCUAGUAUAGCUGAGAGAUUAAGAUGGUACUGCUGGAGUGUCUGUGGCCAUUGCUGUUCCUGUGGAUAUCAGCCUUCUCCUGCUUCACCUCUGCAGGCAUGAUCACUCUGGACAGUUCAUCAAUGGAAGUGCAAGAGGACAGUGGCAAUGUCAUGGUGUGCUUGGAAACAGAUGACGCUAUAUGUCUCAGUGUACACUCACAGGAGAAAGAAGCUGAAGAAGGCGUGGACUAUAAGACUGUGAACACAACACUGAAUGUGAUGGCCGGUGGUCAUCACUGUGUGAUGGUCGCCAUCGAGGACGACAAUGUGCCUGAACCCGACGAGACUUUUGAGGUUGUGUUCACUGAGCUGAUCCCAGACCUGGCUGGCUGUAGUACGAUGGGUGGUGACGGCAGUGGUGGUGCUGGUAGUGGUUGGAUGAUGAUGAAGACUGAGGGCAUGCUCACGCCAAUGGUCUCCAAUGAGACUGUGACCAUUACCAUCAUUGACAAUGACAUGCAGGAGAGAGGCAGCACUCCAGGAGAUAGAUCAGCAGCUAUAGCUGGAGCCGUAUGUGGGUCCUUAAUUGCUGUCAUUUUCAUCGCAAUUAUCUGCCUGAUAGUAUUCAACUACUUCAACAUGAGGAGGAAGAGGCUACUGUUGUUCAGAAGCACUGCCAUUGACCACUCCUACAUAGAGUUCAAUUCCAACGUGAUACACUCGAGUCACAACGACUACGAUGGACUGUCUACAACAAAAGAUCGGUAUUCUGCUGGGUCCCUGUCACCUACUGCUUCUGUUCACGAGGCUAUUGCUGAUGUGCCACCACAGGAGUUUUCAGCCUAUGUGAAGGAGCUGCACAGAGAUGCGGACAGGGGCUUCAGCCUGCAGUUUUCUGCCCUCCAGGCACACAGUCCGACCUCCAUACCUGCCACACCUCCCAGCUGGACAAGAACAUGGACAAGAACCGCUACCAGAACAUCCUGCCAUAUGAUGCUACCCGCGUCAUUCUUACCUCCGCCCACAAGAAACAGUCAGACUACAUUAAUGCAAGCUGGAUCAACGGUUAUAGGAAAGAGAAAUCCUACGUGACUUGCCAAGGACCCUUGCCAGAGACAAUUGGUGACUUCUGGCGCAUGGUCUGGGAGCUCAAGAUACCCACCAUUGUCAUGCUCACCAAGACAGUGGAGGCCAACAGGGUGAAAUGUGAGCAGUACUGGCCAAAGAGAGUUGGAGAGACAGUCAGUGUGGAUAACGAUCGACUAAUUGUAUUGCUGAAUGAAGUCGUUCCUUUUGCUGACUAUGAACUGAGGAAAACUACUAUCUACUUUGGAGAAGAGAAGAGAGACAUAGUCCACUACUACUUCCAGUCAUGGCCAGACCACGGAGUCCCUCGCUAUGCCACAGCCCUCCUGGGAUUCAUUCGGAACGUCCGCAAGUCCCACUUCCCCUCAGACCCGGCACCCCUCCUCGUUCACUGCAGUGCCGGAGUGGGUCGGACAGGGACAUUGAUUGUCCUCGACAUCAUGCUCCAAGUACUAGAGGCCCAGGCUGGUAUCAAUGUCUACCACUCCAUCUUGAAGCUGAGGAGACAGCGCUGCAGCAUGGUCCAGACUGAGGCACAGUACACCUUCAUCCACGAUGCCCUGGAGGAGCUGAUCACAUGUGGGAAGACUGAGAUAUCAGCCAUGAACCUCCGAAUCGCCAUGAAGAGGCUCGGUGCUCCUGAUACUGAAACAGAGGCCACAGGAUUUCAGAAGCAAUUUGAGCUGUUGGAGCAGGUGACACGUCAGCCACAGAAGAAGGACGUCGAGAUUUCCCAGAGGAUUGUGAAUAUGGGCAAAAACAGAUAUCCCGACAUGUUGCCCUAUGAUUUCCAGAGAGUGUGUCUGAGGCUGACAGGUCAACCAGGCUCAGACUACAUCAAUGGCAGUUGGAUCAAUGGCUACAGGCAGUCCAAUGCCUUCAUGGUGACCCAGGCUCCGCUGGAUAACACAGUGAAUGACCUGUGGAGGAUGGUGUGGGAGUCUGGCAGCAAGACCAUUGUGAUGCUAAACGACCUACAAGAUGACAUGGCUCAAUACUGGCCAGAGCCACAGAAGAAACAGGUGUACGGCAGUCUCACAGUUAGCAGCAAGACAGAGGAUGGGGUAGACGAUACUCUCUGCACCAGAGCAUUCGAAAUCUACCGCAACGGUUCAGUAGCAUCUCCCCUGCAGGAAGUGAGAACAGUGACUCAGUUCCACUUGCGAGGCUGGCCUCGGGAUGGCCUCCCCUCCCAGCCCAGCCUCCUCCUGGACCUGGUGGACAGAGUUCUCAAGAAACAGAGGUCCACUGGGAACAAACCUGUCACUGUCAUGUGCUCUAAUGGUAGUGGGGCGAGUGGAGUGUUUGUGGUGCUGUACUCUCAGCUGGAGAGACUCAAGACUGAACACGUUCUCGACGUCUUCCAGGGGAUCAAGGCAGCACGCACUCAACGCAUGGGCAUCGUGCACAACGCUGAGUGCUACAAGUUGAUUCACCAGCUUUUGCUGGAGUUCCUCACAUCCUUUCAAGACAAGAACUAUGAUAACUUCCGAGAGUAGCAUAAAUGUAUAUAACUGACUCAUUGUGUGUGUGCUGGUUUUGAAUGUAGAGUAACAUAACACAUUAAUUUUUUAUCACGCUAUA